AUGUCCUACUAUCAGAGCACCCGGCCAAUGUCCGGUUUUUACCCCGAUCUCUCGGGAACCGGUGCUAGUGGCAUACCAAUGCCAGGAUAUGACGCAUAUGCCGUGAGCGCAGUUCCCCCUCUUCAGAUGCCAACAGCAGGCACCGCGAUGGGCGGUCCUGUAGGCGGGCCUCUGCCGACACAACACCGCGCAUCAUCGGGCGCAUGGAACCAGGAGGAUGACCGGACACUAUUGACUCUGCGCGCCAUGGGAAAGAAUUGGAAUCAGAUCCAAAGGGAAGCGUUUCCGGGCAAGACGGGCAAUGCCUGCCGGAAGAGGCACGAGAGGCUGAUGGAACGCCGUGGCCAAAAUGAGUUUGACAACCGCAAGCUUGAGCGGCUAUGCAAGGAGUACAUGAGCAUGCGCAAGGAGAUCUGGCAACCGCUUGCUACACGGUGCGGCGAAAAGUGGAAUGUUGUUGAGUUGCAGUGCAUGUCCAACGGCCUCAAAAACAUCCAGUCCCACGCUCGCGCUCAUGCUCGCCGUGAACGCCUCGAAUCGGGCCAGCCGCUGGCCGCCUACGAUGACACCGACGGCGCCCUCGGCUGCCUGACACCUGUGGACGACGUCGACGCCGCAGACCAGUCCUACAGCUCCCCGGAAACUGGCGGCUCCACGACCGGUGCGCACUCCACGCCAGGCGGCAGCUCCGGCUCAGCUGGGUCCGCCGGCUCUCAUCCUCACCCGGCAUUCGCAAACAUGCACCACCAUCAUCAACACCAACACCACCAUGCCCAAGCUGCACCGGCGGUGGGGUAUCAGGGGUACGGCGGCUACGGACACCAACACCAUCAGCAGACACACCACCAGGGGCACGGGUAUAGCAACAGCGUCUCGAGCACGGGGACCGCGGCCGGGUAUGCCGGAGCCGGGCAUCAACAGCCUUCUGGGUCGGGAAGCCAGGGCACGAGUCCGUACAUGGGACAUGGCGCGCGACUGCCCAGCGUCGGGGACAUGGGGAUCGACGCCAUUAUCAAUCGGGGGCAUGGCAGCUAG